AGGAUGUCACACGACGAAAUUUUUGUCGAACUCGAUUCCGAACUCUUUCAUCUCGGAACAGCGUGCAUACGACGGUGUAAUCGUUCAUCUGUCGUGGUUGCGCCCUCAUGGGAUGGUAUACAAGCAAAGCUUGAAAUCGUCAUAUCAUAUGGCAUUAUGCUUAAUGAGGACUCUUUAUCGCUUGAGAAGGGCAAAAGUAAACAAAAGACCGUUGAAUUACAUCACGACCUCUGA